AUGUUACACAUGUGGAGUCUGCUCUGCUUCCUCAUUGGCACAUCAUAUGCGGCCGAGGUCUGUUUCAAUGAGCUAGGCUGCUUUGAUGACCUGGAUCCCUGGGGGGGCACUGCUCAGAGACCCGCCUCCAUCUUGCCCUGGCACCCCGACGACAUUGGCACCCGCUUCCUCCUCUUCACACAGAGGAACCGUUACUACCAGGAGAUCAAGACUGACAAAAACAUCGAGUCAUCAAACUACAGCGGGUUGAGAAAAACUCGGUUCAUCAUUCCUGGUUAUUUGAAAAAAGAUGAUGAGGACUGGCCACAGGAGAUGUGUAAGGUUAUGCUGAAGUGGGAGAAUGUGAACUGCAUUGCUGUGGAAUGGAAGAAAGGUGUGAAGACUCAGUAUGCCCAGGCUGCCAAUAAUGCCAGGGUGGUGUCCGCCCAGGUGGCAUCCAUGAUCACAUUCCUCAUGGGCAACUACAAGCAACAGGCUAAUAAGUUCCAUAUUAUCGGACACAGCCUCGGAGCUCACGCUGCAGGAGACGCUGGUAGCAGGAUCCCCGGCCUCGCACGCAUCACAGGACUGGACCCAGCUGAACCUUACUUCCAGGACACUCAUGCUACUGUACGCCUGGACACCAGCGACGCCGCCUUUGUGGAUGUCAUUCACACUGAUGGACUUCCUUUCAACUCCAAACUUGGUCUGGGGAUGUCACAGUCUGUUGGCCACAUUGACUUCUACCCCAAUGGAGGAGAACUGAUGCCUGGCUGCUCUGCCAACAAAGGCAGACCCACUGACCUGGAUGCCAUCUGGGAGGGUACCAGGAGAUUUGAUGCCUGCAACCAUGUGCGAUCCUACGAGUACUACAGCGAGAGCAUGGUUAAAUCCCAAGGCUUUGUAGGAUUCCCCUGCCCCAACAAGGACAGUUUUGCUGCUGGAAAGUGUUUCCCAUGUGAAGACAACACGUGUCCUCUGAUGGGCUCCCAUGCUGACAGGUUCACUGUGACUGAUGGCAUUUCAAAGACCAAGUACUUCCUCAACACAGGCAGUUCAGAGCCCUUCGGUCGUUACAGCUACAGAGUGAUGGUGACCCUGGAUGGUCCCAGCUGGCCUAACCCAGGCUUCAUGUAUGUGGCACUCUCUGGAAACAAGGAAAGCACCAAGGAGCACAAGCUUUAUGUGGGUGUAAUGAAGCCUGGAAGGACCUAUGAGGCGCUGAUCGACGCUGAGGUGGACGUGGGUGAUGUGACAGAGGUGAUGUUUCGGUGGAACAACCACAUCUUUAACCCCCUAAAACCCAAGUAUGGUGCAUCCGAUGUGGGGCUGCAGAGAGGAAAAGACAAGAUGAUCGUCUUCUUUUGCGGAACAGAGAACGUGAAAGAGAAUGUGAUUCAGCAUGUGCUUCCAUGCCGAGUUUAA